AUGUAUGUGAGCCCCUACAGGGACAAGUCAGAUGUUAUCAACUUGAUUCGGCAGAGUUCAGGAACACCACUUAGCGACGACUAUGAAACUAAGCGUUUAUUUUUGAAUCAACUGUUAUCGUAUAUACUUGAAACUCGUCAAGAAUCGCUUAACGAUGCGACGCUUUUUGAAGAGUUAUGCUUACUGCUUGUACGAAUACUGCGAGAUAAUCACGCUUGCAUACGUGCCAUGUGUUUCCGGCUUCUCCGGCUUUGCUUAUUUACAGAAAGAAAUUUGGUGUGCAUCCUGACUAGUCAAGCCGAUGUUUAUACCGUACGAGCGCUGGACCUCCAAGUCGAAAACGAUGAAGAAAGGGAAGAAGCCCUGCAAUUAAUUUUCAAAAUGAUGGUUAUUUAUCAGCAAUCGCACCUCAAACGUCUUAUUGAAUUCUCUGCAGCUCAGCAAGAGGGGAAGAAGUAUGCAUUUCCUAAGUCUAUCAUGCAACCUGUGAUUGCUUUGGCAUUACAUACUGUAUGCCCUAGGAAGGGUAAAGAUUCUACGAAUCCAUAUGAGAAAACAUGUGGAGGAGAAAAUGCUACAGACGGAUUGUAUUUUCUUCCGGAACUCAUCAUUGCUUGUGCAGUGGACUUGGAAAAGUUAAUCUGGCCUUACUUAACUUGUACAACUUUUUGUGACCCAUGUCCGGAGUUGACUAUUUUGUUAAGCAAUUACUGGAUGGAAUCAAACCUAAACAGUUGGUUCAGGUUAUCUAUGGCAUGUUUUGAGGUCUUCUUGGAAUUUUGCGUCCUGGAACCUGAUUUGAUUCUGAAAAUGGCCGGUACGGAUUGGAUGGUUCGCAUAUUAACGGGUGAUAGUACAAUCAGUCAACGUGUCGCUGCUGUUGUGGCUCGGAUUCUGGUUGCAUGGCUCGACCAACCGACGUUACGAGCUAAAGGGAAAUUGCAUCUUGUUUUGGAGCAAAUUUUCGCACCACUGAUAGAAUUCGGUUUCUUUCAGAAGAACUUGGCGUCAACAGAACAGGGAGAGCGAAUAGUUGACAGCGCUAUGCACAACUUUUCUAUUUCAUUUCUUUGUAUUCUUCGAACGUGGUCUGGAUUACUCUCAUGCGCCGCUAUUGGCCCAAACUCCAAACUCAUAUCAUCGUCGCCUUUCAGGCUUCUGGAAUACCUAGGACUGGGCACGGUAGAAGAUAAUAAUUUGCAAAUUUUCGCACCACUGAUAGAAUUCGGUUUCUUCCAGAAGAACUUGGCGUCAACAGAACAGGGAGAACGAAUAGUUGAUAGCGCCAUGCACAACUUUUCUAUUUCAUUUCUUUGUAUUCUUCGAACCUGGUCUGGAUUACUCUCAUGCGCCGCUGUUGGCCCAAACUCCAAACUCAUAUCAUCGUCGCCUUUCAGGCUUCUGGAAUACCUAGGACUGGGCACGGUAGAAGAUAAUAAUUUGGUUCGCAUUCGUGAAAUGAUUGUCGAUAUUUGCUGUGAUUUCUUAAAUUUACCGUAUGCUUCUAUGAAAUUUGAAGACUGGGAUCAUGCUUUGGAAUACUACUCAUCGAUCACUGUGCCGGAUGAGUUCAGUUAUUCUCUCAAAGAUGAUUUCGUGCUUGCCCAGAGCGAAAUGUGUAUCGCGAUGGAUGAAGAACUCGCUCGACACGUGGACCUUUUGCGCUGCUUCCGUUCCCUCGCUGGCUUUAUCCUUAUCAAUGCGGGUCUGCUUCAGUCUCUUGCUCGUUUGAUUGUGGCACAACCUGACUCCAGCAGCGGGCUAAAGGCCACUCUUUUUGUGACAGAUGUUGUGCGAACGGCAAGCGCAGUGAUGCCGUCUGGUUGGAGAGCCACACUGCUCUCGAUGCCCACUUUAGUACAAUCUGCAUGUGAAACGCUGGCUCAGAGUAUGGCAGCAGCUGCUAUACACGGCUAUUAUGAUCCCAAUCAGACUGAUCGUUUUACCUUCCCUCACUCUUGGAACGCAGCUAUGCUUCUUAAUCGUUUCGAUACGCUUAACAAAGCGUGGAUUGGAAAUUCUUUGUCUGGACCUGCAGUUGAUUCACAUUAUUCGUUGUUUUUGUGUCCCCCGAAAGCGCUUUCCUUACCUGAGAAGCUCAUAGCAGAUGAAUCAUCACUUCAACCACUCAUCGAUGAGAUGUUAAGCGGGGACGACAAUGGUAUAAAUUGGGAAGCAGCAGCCAUAUUACUUGCUCACAUCUCAGAUGGGAAUAGGGAUCUCAGAAUGGAGGCGAUAUGGGGAGUUCUGGAUAAGAUGAUGAUGGCUCUUUGGCCUCGGAAUGGUGCUCAUAAGCGUUGGAAGCAAUGUCGUUUUCCAAUUGUUGUUGCCCGAAAUGCUAUUACUUUGGGGCUUGAACUAGCUAACGAAGACGAGAGAUUCCUUCAGAUUUUUACGCGAUACGCAACAGAGUGUUGUUCAGCGUUGAGUGAGAGAAAGUCGAGCACGGACCUGUUCUCCGUGAAGAAUCUCGUCGAUAGUGGGUCGAUGUUUUACUUUUGCCUGAUAGGCACAAUGAGUGCUCAUCCGAAUGGAGUCAUGGCUUUGGAAAAGUCUGGAAUUCUUCAGACGUAA